AUAACUAGAAAAGGUUUCGUCACGGUACGAGUUCGAGUUCAUUGGAAAACUUUUUGAUCUCGUGGCCGUCGUACUUUCGGUGUGAUAUCAGAGAUGGUGUAUUUUGUGUAGGUGACACUGCAAACAGAAAAAUGAUAAUGAUACAUGUGACAUAGUAUCAAUAAAAGGAAAGUCAACGUUUCUAUAAAAAGACAGAUCUUGCUUUCAUUAUAUGUAUUGGUGCAGCCAGAAAUGUCAGAUGCAUGAAUGAUUGAAGGACCUUGGACUUCUAGUUCUGAAACUGUGUACGAUAAAAAGAAGUGUCUGUAUUACCCUCGACGUAAACAGCUGAUCUCCUAGUGUUCGUAAUUUCUAUACAAAAUGUUGCAUAACAUUACACGCGUCUACAAGUAAUUCUAAGCUAAACACCAUUUCACACUUCUUCGGGAAACUACGGCUCAAUAAAAAAUGAGUUCUGUUUGGAAACGACUGCAGCGGGUAAACAAGAGGGCUGCAAAGUUUCAGUUCACUGUAUCAUAUCAUGAAGUCACUUUAGUAACAACAACAAAAUGGAAACCAAAUAAGCUAAGCGUUGUAUGGACGAGACGUAGUAGGAGAGUUACUUCAGAACCUUUAGAUUGGGAACCUAAUUUAAGUGAUCCACUAAAAGGUGUAAUUAGUUGGGCUGUUCCGGACAAUCACUCAGUUUCUGUAACUUUGUUCAAAGAUCCAAGAACUCAUGAGUUAGAAGAUAAAGAUUGGACAUUUGUAAUUGAGGAUGUUUCUCCCACUGGUAAAAGGCGGCAUGUGGCUGCCACAAAUAUAAAUAUGAAAAAGUAUGCAACUUUAGAAUCUAGUCAACAACAACUUAAAUUAGAUUUAAAGCCAACAUCGAAAAAAAUUGUUAGUGCUUCUUUAGAAUGUACUUUAUCUUGUGUCUUCUUAAGAGAAGGCAAAGCAACAGAUGAGGAUAUGCAGAGUAUGGCUAGUUUAAUGUCAGUUAACAAUAAUAGUGAUAUAGCACCUCUAGAUGAUUUUGAUAAUGAGGAUAUACCUGAGGAUGUUGAAGAAGUAUCCGUGAAAAAUCUUGAUGAAAUUCUAGAUAUUUCUGCACAACUUGAUUUAAUGACAAGUAGUCUUACUGAAAGUGAACUACCUAGCACUCCAAUAAGUGUGGCAAGUUUAUCAAAGGACAAUACUACACCUGUAAAUGAUAAUGAUCAUUUCAUUCGUGAUAUUAGUCUAACAGGCAUUGUCGAUUCUUUUAAAGAGAAAUCAUCAAUAAAAGACAGUGUUGCAGUUGAAAAUGAUAAAAACAUUGAACACAUUACACUGAGAUUACCAUUACAACCAUUAGAAUUAACAAGGAACGAUAUUACUAUUCCUAGAUUAAAAGAGAUUACACCAGGCCAGGAUUUAUUGGAGUGGUGUAAGGAUGUAACUAAAGAUUAUUCUGGUGUGAAAGUUACUAAUCUUACAACAUCUUGGAGAAAUGGAAUGGCAUUUUGUGCAAUCAUACAUCAUUUUAGACCGGAUCUUAUAGACAUAGUGUCAUUAUUACCACAUGAUGUAAAAGGUAACUGUAAGAAAGCAUUUGAUGCCGGUGAAGCCCUUGGUAUACCUAGAGUUAUAGAACCAGCAGAUAUGGAUAUAUUAACUGUACCUGACAAGUUAGCUGUGAUGACAUAUUUAUAUCAGCUGAGAGCACAUUUCACUGGUCAUGAGUUAGAGGUACAUCAGAUAGGUAAAACUACAGAUGAAUCUUCUUACAUGAUUGGUAGAUUUAAUACAGACAAUAAUUCGGAUGUGAGUGUACAAUUAUUUAGUCAAGAAAUAAUCAAUUUACAUAAGAAGGAUCAAAUGGAACAUAAAAGCAAUAAAAUAGACAACAUUAGACGGUCGAAUCCAUUUGAUAACAAAAAGGAGGAUGCUAACAUUGAUUCAUUAAAAAAUAGAUUACAUUUGAGUCUGAAUACUGAGAACCAGGAUUAUGAUCAAUGCAAUAAAGAUAAAUCACCGUCUAGUGUUAAAGAUGUUAAAGACAUCAUAUUAGCUAGUUCGAAGAGUAUUCUAGAGAAAGUGUUGUCACCAACUAAAGAAAAAUAUUUAUCUAAAGAAAAGAACAAAUCACCUCCAAGAGUACCACAAGUACAGCAUCGUCCUAUCUUAAUGACUCGUCGACAAUUAACAGAUCCGUUCGGAUCGGACGAGGAAGAGGAAAAUAUGCAGAUAGUCGACGAGAAGUGGUCUCAGUCAGUUUCAGUUAAUAAAUUGCAAUCACCUGUUCGAGAUGAUGCAACUGACAAGGGAAGUCGUGAUAUUACUGAAUAUCAGAGUGUAUCAUCACCUCACAGAGAGCAACGUUCUCAACAUCCAUUAGUCAGUCGGCAUGAUGAAUUAAGAGAACGUGCAAGACAACUGUUAGAACAGGCCAGGAAUCAGACAAAAUCAGCUGGUCUUGUUUCUGCCGCCGCUAGUCCUAUCGAGAGUCAAAAUGACGACGAAAGGCAACAGCAAUUACGCGAGAGAGCAAGACGCUUGAUAGCAGAAGUGAAAAUGGAUGUUAAUGUAUCAUCGAAUCAAAUGAUCGAUGACAAUAACAGUGACAGACGAUCGAUAGAUGAUCAAAAUAACAGUCCUAGACGAAGCAUCACACCAUCUACUCCUAGCGAUAGAUUUAGUACAAAAUCUGAGUACAAUGGAAAUAUCCUGGGAACUCCAAAUGUAAUUGAUGGCGACAAGAAAACUGGUUCUCCUCUGUACUCAUUUUCGAAAAUAAUAGAGAGAAUUUCACCAGACAAAACUAGUCCUGAUGGUACAUCAUAUACGCUAAGAGGAUUGGGGAAAGACAUGACAUCGUACAUACAAAAUGAAUUAGAAGCGUUAGAACGCGAACAAACUCAAAUAGAUAUUCAAGCAGGCAAACUUGAAAAACAGCUUCGUGCUGCCAUGGAAAGUGACAAUGAAGAAGAAACUGAAAGACUGAUGUCUCUGUGGUUUACUCUUGUCAAUAAAAAGAAUGCGCUUCUAAGAAGACAAAUGCAACUGAAUAUAUUAGAGAAAGAAGAUGAUUUAGAACGUCGAUUCAAACUUCUAAAUCGUGAACUAAGAAGUAUUCUUGCGGUAGAAGAUUCCAGAAAGACAUCCGAACAAAAAAUGCGUGAAAAUUUACUUCUAGAGGAAUUAGUGUCUAUCGUAAACAAAAGAGAUGAGUUAGUUCAUCAUCUCGAUACGCAAGAAAGAGCUAUAGAGGAUGAUGACGAAAUAGAGCGUGAUUUAUCUAGAGCUGGUUUAGCUUCACGAAAUAAAAAUUGUGUAUUACAAUGAAGAACUUCAUUGUACCUUCGUUGCGACAGCAAACAGUAAUUGCAGGUGUUAUUCCUCUUGCUGUGGAGUUGCCAAAGAAACCAGAACAUUUUACAUGACGGUAAAGAAAGCCAAGGAUUUCAUAAUCUGAGAGACAGUAAUGUUUAGAAACUUAUUUUUUACAAUGAAUUAUAUACCAAUUGUAUAAUCAGUGUUCCAUAUUUAUAUAAAUUCAUUAUUAAGUAUGCGUCAACAUACUAUUGCUACUUCACUUAAUAGAAUCAAAACAAAAAACAAAACAAAAAAUCUUUAAAUGAGUAAAGAAUUUGUUAUAGUGUUAGUAAUUUUAUAAAAAGGAAGUUGUUACGUUUGGUUACAGGAAGACUAAUUUUGCUUCUAUAGAAAUAUAUUCGUGCACGUUUGAAAUAUUUCGUAAAGAAAGCAGUAGUGAAGAAAAACAGUACUAACUCCGUGCAAUUAUGUCCCUCGCUUCAAGUGACGCGGUUGAAGACAGCUUUUCCUCUGUAGUAUCCUAUUCGAGACCCACGGUGAGACUUCCGAGAGCAGUGGAUGUUAUUUUUUCUUUGCUUUCAUUGGCUGACGACUCACGAUGCUGGAAAUAGAAAGGGAAAAAGUAGUAAAUAUGAAUACUAAUAUGACUGUGCGUGAGGCUACAGAGGGAAACCUACAUUGUUUCGCCAUAAUUUCUUUUAUUUACAAGUUGCUUCCGAUCUUCAUAAAAGAAAGGGUAGCGAUGACGAGUGAAAAGCGAUAGCUUCCCAAUAUUUUGCGAAUGCUUGUAGAAGAGAGUCAUCAUCUCAAAUCGCAAGGGGAAAAUACUGUACAUCAUUAUGAAAGCUUUCUAAUUCAAAUAAGGUGCUAGAAUAUAUGUACAAUAAUGCUUUUAAGAAAGUUUACUAGCGAAAUCAGUUCGUAAUCACCUUCAACUUUGAGAAUUGUUCAGUAAGAAAGAUUCUCUCUGUUGCUCUUUUGAAAGCAUUAUUGUAGAUUAAAAAUAAUAAAGUAGAAAGGAAUGUUAUGAUAUAUAUACUAUAUUACUUCUGCAAUUCUUUGACAUUGUGCAUUACACUUAUAUUUAUCACAUCAUGACAUUCAUAUGCAUUAGAUGCACUUGAAAUGAAUCAAUCAUUCACAGGGGAAAACAAAUUCUGAUGAAAUAGUAUUGGUACUCCAUAGAAUUUGAUAUGGAACAGUAAUCAAAGAACAGUACUCAUUUUUCCAUUUAUAGUACGAUCAUGGACUAUAGUUAUUUUGUUUGUGCCAUAUAUAAACAUCCUAAUUUGUUCGUAACCGUUAUACUCAUUUACUCCGUUUGCAAACUAUUUGCCAUUUUAGGAAAGUGAUAUAUACAAUUUUUCCUAUAAUAUAUUAAUUAUUUAUUAUUGAAUUUAGUAUCAAGAUGCAGGAGGCCUAAUUGACUUUGUAUAUUCUUUUUUUUCUCUUCCUUCCUUUCUCUUCACUCUGUUCUUUUUUCUCUUGUUUCACAAGAAUUUGUACUAAAAAAACUAAUUGGUCCCUAUGGGAAGUAUAUGUUCUCUUAAAAUUUGUAAAAGAGACGAUUAUUGCAGAAGUGAUCUAGCCAUAAAUGAUUGACUAAUAACUUAUGUAGAUCAAAGUUGGGUCAACUAAUUGCUUAUAAGCAAUUGCUCAAUUUUUCUCAUAGUUUGGCUCUAUAAUAUAAGCCACGUUCGCGAAAUGGCUCAUGCAGGCAGCCCACGAUAUCAAAUUUAUACAGGCUACUACUUUGGGUUAUAACUGUAUGAUAAGAGUGUGCAAACAUCAGAAAGUAAUGCAGUCAUUAAUAGACUGCACAUCUUCAUGCAUUUAUUUUCAUAAUAUUAUGUGUAAAAAUGGAAAUAUGCAUAGAGAUUUGCAGCUUAAUUAGCAGGACAGACCCAUCUUAUUAUAUAGAUAAUUAGGAAAAAGUGUGGGUCUCCAGUAAAAAUAAGAGUAGUCAGCUGCCCAGCUCUGAUCUAGAGUGUUAGGAAAAUCAUGAGAAAGGAAGUAUCCAUGCCCGUUUAGUUUUUCCUUCACCUUGCCUGCUCGCUCAGAAGUCGCAGUGUAUAAUUUUAGUAAUUUCUUCAUAGUUUUGUAAUAGUUUCAGAAUGGGAAGGAAUAUUUUAAUAUAUACUACGUCCUAAGAUUUGACAAAGUGGGAUGGUCAAGAGACAUAAAUCGGUACUUAAGUCGAACAUUCUCUUUCUUGUAAUAAAUUUCUCGUGUUGUCUUUUGCGUUCUGUGAAUUGUUUGAUUUUAUAUAUUUUAGACGUUUUACUUAAUACUUUCAGUGAAAUGGUAUUCGACUAAUAGGAAGGUGAAUCGUCAAAAUGUAGAUACAUUGUAUCUCAAGAAUAAGAAUGAACUGUGAAGUUUAAAGUCUGCACAUUUCUCUGUGUAAUAUAGACUAUUAAUUUGCUUGUAACUGAUGUAAAUGCACUUGUAAAACUACUUAUACAAUGUUAAGAGACGAGAAACAUAUUUAAACAAUCCUUUGGAAAAGUCGUCUUUCAAAAUAUGUUCUCAUAAUAUACGAGAAGUUUUUUAAAGGUAAAGAUAACAAAAAUGUUUUCUUCUUCAUAGUCGAACUUUGGGGGUGAUGUAAUAUAGUUGAAGUAGUGCAGGCAUAUCAUAAAUGAUAAUAACUGCCAUAACAGAUCGUUAAAGAUAUAAGAAAAGUACACAUUCACCGAAUGAUGAAACAUUGAAAAGCAGAUAUCCUUUUCUUCCUUUUCUUCCUCUAGCCUUAAAGAGUCAACAUCGAUCGUGUUUCCGUUUUUUAACGUAUCAAAUGAAAUAUGUAAAUCUGAUUUUAGCUGUAACAUCGCUAGGGGUGACGUCGAAAAAUUGAUAUAAGAAUAGAAUGCGAAUUUUUUUUAAUAUGCUUGGAGAUUAAUAAGUCGACUAUUCAAAUUAGCAACAUUUGCGAGACACUGAGUUGCAUCAUAAUUUGUUAUUAGUGCGUCUGAUUUCUCUUUUGUUACCAUUAUCUUCCUUAAUGUUAAUCGACAAAAUGCGAAUAUUGUAAAUGAAGACAUUGAAUUUUUACGGUUAAUUUAGCAAUAAUUUGUCAUGUUAGUGCCUAUGUAUAUAAUAUACAUACGUAUUUAAGAGUGAAAAACUAUCCACGACGAAUAUGUGGUACACAGUGUGUGUCUGUAUAUUUGUAAUGAUGCAGUGUAUCUCGUGGCAAUUAUUCGAACAAUCAUGAAAUUCGAAAUAUGAUAAUCCGCGAAAUGAAUCAGACUUUUAUUCUGAAAGAGACAAAUCCAAUAUGAAAAGAAAAGUACGUGGCCAGACGGAAUUACAAAGACUGACAUACGAAAAGUUGCUUUAAGAUUUAAGUAUGUUACGACUACAUAAGUGCAAUACAAGUUGGGUUUCUCAGGCGAAUAAAAGAUAUCCUCGUUACUUUAUAUUACGAGAUACUCUGUACGCGUAUUUCUAUGUAAAAAAAAAAAUAAGAAAAUGCUAUCAUAUCUGUCUGCUUUCGUAGCGUUGCGCUAAAGUAAUCUUAAUUUCUUUUAUUUAUUAUUACUAAACGUAUUGACUCGAAAUAUUGUAACUCUGAAAGCAAUGAACAUUCUUGCCAAUGCUUAGUCUCAAGGUGGACACGGUUUUCUUUCCUAGAAAUGGUGUUAUUUGUAAAUCACUUCAUGUGAAAGAAAUAAUGUAUAAUGUGUCGGAACGUAUCACACAGUAGUUAUUAAUAAAUAAAUGCAAAUAAAGCACUGUAAGAAAACAUCAA